AUGUCGCAUAUUUCCGACCUCGUCCGCGACUCCCGACUACCAACCCACUUUCUCCCCAACAACACGAUCCAUACAUUCUUUGAAUCGUCCACAGCAUCCGACCGAUGCGCCAGGCGACAAAGACGAAUCGAACAAUGGGUCCGAUCCCGCGAACUCGGCCGGGGGUCGUUCGGGAUCGUGUGGUUGGAGCAGUGCACCAAGGAAGACCGAGUGCGAGCCGUCAAGGAAAUUGCAAAGAAGGAAAUUCGCGAAAAGACCUACCAUCGAGAGCUGGAGGCCGUUGUCAAGUUCUCUCACCCGAGGUAUGAUGGCUUUUUUGUGCGGUCCUUUGGCUGGUAUGAGAGCCCCGAAUCGGUCUUUAUCGCCAUGGAGUAUAUCCUCCAUGGCGAUUUAAAGAAACAUCUCGAACAGGCCUUGCCAGAAGACCAGGCUGGCCAGGUGGUCAGGCAGGUUCUAGAGGGAUUGGAGUGUAUGCACGAGAAUGGGUUCGCGCAUCGAGACCUGAAGCCCGAGAAUAUCUUUGUCGUCAGCAAACCCCCAGACAAGUGGUGGGUGAAGAUUGGCGAUUUCGGGAUCAGCAAACGGGUUGGGGGAGGCGCGACGGCGCUCAGGACUAUCAACGGCACUCCAGGCUUCAUUGCACCCGAAGUCGCACUGAGACAGCUGUUUGAAGUCGACGUUGAUGAAUACAGUUACGAUUUUACCGUCGACCUGUGGUCACUCGGCGUGAUAACAUUCUACAUGUUGACCAAGAAGCACCCAUUCCUCAAGAUAGAAGGCUUACUGUCAUACUACAGGGGAGAGGUUACCAUGAGAGAUCUAUGUUCACAAUACAAGUCGAUUCAUGAAGAGACCUGCUUGUUCAUGGGACUUCUCAUGGCACCGAAGCCCCAAGACCGUGGUACAGCCACGGAAGCGCUCCUACACGCUUGGCUACCGAAAGACGAAUACUCUGAGGCUGAUCCUUCGACUGAGGACGAGACUGAAACUCGCCUAGUUGGAACAGCCCUCGAAAAUCCGAGUGAUUCCGAGCCUGAAGUUUCGACGUUCACCACAAUGAAAUCCGCCAAUCUGCCUACAGAUCGGCGCCAUGGCUCCAGCGAUUCGGAGUCUGAAAGCUCGAGACUCUCAAAUGUGAGUCAGGCGGCUCCAUCAAUCUCUCGCGCAGAGAAACCUGGCAAGUCUGGGCGUGCGAAUCCGACAGAGCCCCCCACAAUGAUAUGCGUCUCUGACGCCAACACCCGUGAGCCGAUCCAGUCUGAGACCAGCACACUGAAACCCGCGCAAAGCCAAGCCGAUGCAGCCCCGAACAAACCGAAGAACGCACCGGCUUCUUCGCAGCCAGACGAAUUGGAGCCUUCGCGUGAUCGUCCCCGCUUGGACAAGAUCAAACACACUACGGUGCGAGUGAGGCGAUCUUCCACCCGGCCCAAAGAAUCAUGGGGUCAGAAAAUCUCCAGAUGGUCUACCCGAGUACCAGAAGAGUCGGCCCCAGGAACCAAGCUCCCCGACAAAGUGGCUCCCGUCGAAGUGAUCGCCGUGGAUCAUGCUGGAAAUGAGCAGCCAGGUCUGCCGAAGCCCGUGGAUCCGUAUACGGGGUUUCCUAUAAUCAAUCCAUAUGAAAUUUAUCCGGCGCAAGCUCCCCAAAUGCCAGUGAUGUCGAACUCGCGACCCAAGCGCCCUGAUACGCCUCCCCCGGGAAAGAGCACUCUCGGAGCUCAAUAUCCAACAGCUAUGCCUCUACAAAACCCCCAAUAUAUUUGGUAUAGCCCGCAGGAACCAAACAGUUCCUCAUGCUUUGGUCCGAUUCCAAACCUUCGGGGGGUUUCAGAAGAGCGUUCAAGAUUUGACGACCUUUUGGCGUGGGACCUUGCCAGUGAAUUGUUUAUGUCUACUUCGGAGCUUGAAACCCCACAAAGGCCCCCUCCCGUUCCCCCUAGAAUUACACUUGAGGUUGAAAGACCUCCAUCGCGAACUGGCCCACGAGCAGGAAGAUAUUCUCGCGCACCACGCGAGUGCAAGGUAGUCCGUUUUGUUGAGGGAAGCUCUUCGCAACGUUCCACCAGCUCUUCCUAUUCUGAUCCAAUCAGAGAGAUCCGGAGGCGUGCGGGUUACAAGGAGAGUGGUCAAUCAGACGAGGAGAUGGACAUGCCAGACGAGGAGACGGACACACCACCGCCUGUUGAGGCAUACCACCAUUCUUACCGCAGCAGCACCUUGGGGCAAACAGCGGAGACGCACGCAGAACAGUCUUCAAGUUCACCCGGCGUAUGGGCCACUGAAACGUCGGUCAUAAAGGACGGGUACACACAUCUGUCUAUGGAACGCUAUAGCGAAAAAGCUCUAGACGAGCUCGGGAUACACCACUAUCCGAGUCAUACAAAUCAGUGGGAAAUUCUGGCAUAUGGAACUAUCAGCCCUGGGUUUCAAAGUCUGCUUCAACAACUGACUGUGGAACUGCGUUCCGGCGGACCCUGGAUACAACAUGAUGACCAAAACGGAAACAUCGAGAUUCGCACUUCUAGCUGUCUUUUACAGCGUCCAACACUCCGGCUCGAGUAUUUUCCCACCCCCGGAACAGAUUGGAAGAGAUUUGAGUACAAGCUCACACCCUGGUGUUUACCCACGAGUCGCCACUUGAAAUAUUCCCUGCCAUUAUAUCAGACGUGUAUCUUCACCAUAGCCACGUCAACAGGGUCAAUAAGUAGAUGGGCUAUUCGACCAGAUGAAAUCCGGCCUGAAAUACUUGUUGAAAACAACAUUGCUUUCAACGUACAGGAUUGGACUCUUGUUGCCGGGGGCCAAUUCACUCCAAGAGAAGUCAAUUCAUUACGCCAUAAUUCCAUCACGUUGCUCCAAGACGUCAAGAGUGGCAGAAGAAGCCUGGAUUUUGACAUGUUGAGCACCGAAACAAACCGCGCAUGGCCCGUCUUCGGCCCCCGGGCUCAGAUCAGGCGAUAUAAGGACCGAAGCGAUCGCCUACCAUUACAAAGCCAGGAAAGUAUGCUCGAUGAGGUAUAUAACGAAGUCAAUGAACAACAGACGCUUGGCAACCUCAUCACCGAGAUCGAUUAUGAAACUUUCGACCAAGGCUCAUGUUUCAGUGCCGAGCAUAAACGAUACUUGGACCCGAUUGAAGGGUUCAAUCCUUUCGAGGGGAUGUUAUUCUUGGCUUCAAAACCUACAGAUUCCAUUGACCGUCAUUUUCCGGCCCUGGGCCCCAAAUAUGUUGAGGUCGAAAGGAUUUACCAUCCGAAUUUUCCUCAUGUGCCCCUUCACGAAACAAGCUGCGUUGAAUUCGAGCGACAUUACCAUCGCAGCAACCUUCAUGUAUAUAAGAAAGUCCCCCGUCGUCUGAACCCUUGGACUCCAAAGUUCUAA